AUGAUUGUGGUGGCGCAGCAUGUUCCGGAUAUGCAGCUAAAUCCGAUGCAAAGAUUAUUCGCUCCUCAAACCAUGACAGAUCUUGUUUCGAAUAUUACCGCUCCUAUGACUGAUGUGGAAGAAGCUUUGUUCAAUCAAAGAGGAAUGAAAGAGGCUCCCUUUCGCGAUCUGGAUCGAAGUGGAAAAGCGGUUUGUAGGAAAAACAAAUUAAAAAUGUGUCCAUUCGGUCCAACAUGCCCUCUUCGUCACAUCGAUGGAGAAAAAGCUGUCGUAUGUAAGCAUUGGCUUCGUGGUCUUUGUAAGAAAGGAGAUCAAUGUGAAUUCUUGCACGAAUAUGACCUCACAAAAAUGCCCGAAUGCUUCUUCUUCUCUAAAUACAGCGCGUGCAGCAAUCGAGAAUGCCCAUUCCGACAUAUUGAUCCCGAAACGAAAAUGAAAGACUGUCCAUGGUACGAUCGUGGAUUCUGCAGGCAUGGACCAUACUGCAAACAUCGCCAUCGUCGUCGUGCAGUCUGCCCCAACUAUCUCGCCGGAUUUUGUCUACAAGGACCAGAUUGUCAAUAUGCUCAUCCUUCAUUCGGUCUGCCAUCAUUCGAGAAUAUAGCUGUCAGUCAUGCCAAACCAACAUACAGUCAAGCUAUUACUUGCCACAAUUGUCAUGAAAGAGGCCACAAGGCAACUACAUGUCCACAUCUUCCAGGACAAACAAGACAAAAUCAAGAUCAUCACCAUCGUGUUGAUCUCUCACUUAUACCAGAUAAAAAGAAUCUAUCAGAUGUUACUUGUUACAAGUGCGGAGAGAAAGGUCACUACGCCAACAGAUGCCACAAAGGAGCUCUCGCAUUCUUGUCAAAUACUGCUCACCUGGCUCACGAACAAAGAGAAAAAGAUGAAAAAGAACAAGGAAGGAUCAAUAAUAUGCUAAGGCCGCCAAUGUGAACAUUGUCGAAUAUAGGAGAACGGGUGGAAUCUGUUAUUUUUGUUGUUUGUCAAGAAUUCGAGACUGUUGGAAUAAAAAUUUAACCUUCC